UGUCACGGAGAUGUGUCCUGUAGGCUCUUAUGCUGAUGGCUUCAGCAUCAAGGUGGAGGCUCAACAAGGCUCUGGAGACGACACGGCUGUUAACGGGAUACGCUUGCACUGUUUUGACCCCAGCAGCAAACAGCGGACCACAGUGCAAUCUUCUGUGGGGAGUUGGGGGGACUGGACUGCGGUGAAGAGCUGUGAAACUGGAUACCUGGCCUCCUUUAUGCUCCGCGUUGAGUCUGCACAGGGCCAGGGUGACGACACAUCCGUCAACAACAUCAAAUUCAUCUGCAGCGGCACCGGCGCUCAGCUGGAGGGUGAUGGGCUGCAGUGGGGCGAGUGGGGACACUGGAGCAGGAAGUGUCCCAGAGGCGCCAUCUGUGGGCUGAGGACCCGCGUGGAGGAGCCGCAGGGCUGGGGCGAUGACACAGCGCUCAACGACGUGCAGUUCUUCUGCUGCAAAUAA